CAGAUUCGUACCACAUGAAUAGGUGGCAAGUUCAGUCGGUGCAUUGCUUGUGGAUGCAUUCACAACAUGAUAACCUAACUUUUCUCCCUCUUAAGACCGUGAAACCUUGAGAACGGGUUUGAACUCCUAACACAGAUUGCAAAUUCAUGAGCAUGGCGGUACAGCCCAAGAAGAUAGUAAUCGUAGGCGGCUCGCUCGCUGGUCUCCUAGCUGGCCUUGUCCUGAAGCGCCUCGGGCACGAUGUACGCAUCCUAGAGCGCUCACCAUCGUCACAGCUACAGACGCAGGGCACCGGGAUCGUAUUUGGUCCGCAAGUCCAGGAAUACUUUGACAGAUUCAUCCGGAUGCGGGAGACGUACACGGUGCGCAGCUAUCGGCGACAGACGGUGGAUGGCGAGGGGAAAAGUAUCCCGGAGUUGGAGGAGCAGAUCGUGCAGCAGAUGGUGAGCUGGGAUCUGGUGUAUGUUGUGUUAAGGGGGGAAUUUGAUGGGUUAGCCAGUGGGUAUCUUCAACGGGUGGAGAAAUGGGGUGAUGAGGGGCAGGGAAAAGGGACGUAUGAGUACGGGUGUGUGGCAGUGGGGAUUAGGGAUAAAGGGGAGAAGGUUGAGUUGGAGUUCGUGGAUCGAGAAGGGCAGACGCAGGUUCUGGAGGCGGAUAUGGUGAUUGGGGCUGAUGGGCCGAGUUCUACUAUCCGCAGGAUCUUGCUACCGGAGGUGGAAAGAAAACAUGCUGGAUACGUGGCUUGGAGGGGAACGAUGCUUGAGAAAGAGGCAACGAAGGAGUUGAAGGAAAUGGUUACGGAUCGCUUGCCGUAUUACUUCAAUAACACCGAAGGCACUCACAUCGUGGCAUACCUGAUUCCAGGGCAAGACGGGACGUUGGAGCCCGGUUCCCGACUCAUCAACUGGGUUUGGUACUGCAACUACCGGCCUGACUCCAAAGAAUACCAAGACCUGAUGACCGAUUCCUCAGGCCGUACUCACCGCCUCACGAUGCCCGCUGGCAAGGUCCAACAGCAACUCUGGAUGCAGCAGAAAGCCUACGCGGCGAAGGUCCUUCCCCCGCAGUUCUCAGAGCUCGUCGCGGGCACGAAAGCCCCUUUCGUGCAGGCCAUCACCGAUGCGCUCUCGCCCCAGGCGUCAUUCUUCAAUCACAAGGUGCUUCUCGUCGGCGAUGCGCUCGCUGGAUUCAGACCGCAUGCUACCGCUAGCAUGAGCCAGGCAGCGAUGCAUGCGCUGUUGCUGGAACGGAUGAUGAGGGGGGAGCUCUCGUGGGAGGAGAUGUGCGAGCUGAUGAUGAAGUACGCGAGGCGUGUGUCGGAGGCGGGAAUUAAGAUGGGGGAGAAGAGUCAAUUCAAAGGCCAAGGUGGUGGGAAGGGGUGGUUCGCAAUAUCACAGGCCAAAUGACGAUAGAGAAAUAUGGAACUUGGAGUAUAUGAGUUGAUGACGAGAACCAUUUCAGCACUACCUAGAUAGAAAACUUCCGAAGAGAUAGACAUUCCCUAGGAAAGAAAACCUCUACUGUGAAUCUUCUGGCUGUUCAUAAGGAUUACUCAACCCUACCUAGCUUGGAAAUUAUUUCUAUUUAGACAAGGGCUAAAAGAUUUUGUACCGUACAUGCAGG